CCUGUUUUUUACUGUUUCAUACAGACUUCGCUUUUCAGCUCAGUAUGGAGGCUGGCGAAGGCAAUGGUGGCAACGUCAACAUGAAGAGACAGAGAGCACCUCUGUCAGACUCUGAAGAUAAUCUCCCCUCAUCAUCAGAGGUGAAUGAUGGCCAGAAGCGGCGGCGUCUGGAGGCAGCUGGCCAGGAGAACCGAAAUCCUAAACCAUCCUCCUCUAGACGCCUAGCUGACCUGGAUAUGAAGCCGGACACACCGAUUGUCCCCUCAGUCCGGUCCCGAGUUGAGCAGCUCACCCAGAGACGAGAGGGAGGAGCUCCUCUGGCCCAGCGGUGCCUGUCAGAUCCUGGGGCCGGUAGUCCAACUUUCACCACACAGCAAAAGGUCUUCAGAGAGCCUCUCCUGGGUGAGGGAGAGUUAAAUCAACGAAUGGAGCGUUUUAAAGCAGCUGUCCUUCAGGCCAGCCCCUCCCCCUCACUGAGCCCUGGCAAUGUCUGUCCACUCACCCGCUCCAACUUUGUAUCUGGCAUUCAUCAGAAACUCCAGGACACCAUGUCUUCCAGCUUAAAGCAGGCCUCUCUCAUUCGCCAGGAACGGACGCAGGAGCUGAACCAGCUGCAAUUUCAACCAAUCAGUGAAAACGCCUGGCUGAAAAGGAGCAGCUCUGAUCCCACAUGUCAGGUAGAUGGCGAUGAUGACAUGAAGGACGGCAGCUUCACUGAAGCUGCUACAUCAGUUAUCGGGAAGCAAUCUUUAAAUACAACAAUAGAUGGUGAGCUGAGCUCUCACGACGAGACCAACACGGCUGACAUGAUUGACCAGAUGUUCGAGGAGGUGCUGGAAUACGCUGAAAGGAUUGAGGACCAAAGGGGGGACGAUGAAGACACAGAGGACCGUGAUAGUGGCAUCGGUGUUUCCUCUACAGACAAGGACAAAUUGGAUGCAGAGAAGGAGAAGAGCGAAGAAGAGGUAGCGGCUAAAGAUGAAGGGUGCGAUGAGAGCAAUAAGGUCGAAAGCCGUGGAGAUGAGCUGCUGAGUUUUCCUCCAAGCGGCAUCCUCUCUCCUCUCAGCAAGUCUGUAGAGGCUGUGGUCACCCCUCUGCGACUGGCAGCCAGCCAGGAGUCCAAUCCUCCAUCUCUGCUCCUGACUCCAGAAGAGUCCACCCUAACCCCUCCUGCUGAUUCUGCUCCUCUGUACAGUAUCGAUGCAUAUCGCACACAAAGGCAGAGUAAGCCGCCCACCAUCCAGAGCGUCACUCCUGGGGUUCAGAGACGAGCUCUGGAGAAGACCCACCCUCAACCCUCCGUCAACACCAAGGAGAAAAUAGCGACUCUAAAUGAAGAAGCAGGGAAGCUGCAGACUGUCAUCAACCAGACUCUGCAGGCUCUGAGCUGCUGUACUGAUGAGCAGCAUGGACGAGGCUCACUGGAGGAGGCUGUUGCUGAGAAACUACUGUUAGUCUCCUGUGAGAAACGAUCAGCCCUGCUAACAGAGGUGGUCAGACUGAGGGAGGAGCGGACUUCAGAGUCUGCAGGGGAAGAUCAAGAAUAUGUGUCCCAGCAGCCAUGCAGAGGGACUGUCAGCAUCACUAACAUCCAGCUGCCUCUUAAGGCGGAGUUUGUUUGCUCCUCAAACAACCGCACAGGUCGGCCAAGUCACUACUUCUUCGUCCUGAUCCGUUACGGGCCCCACAACAUCGUCACCACCUCACUGGCUACAGCUGCUGACGCUCAGAACGGAGACACCAUCUCCUUCCAAACUGCUGUCACUCUGAAGGAUAUUCGCUCAACCUUUGAGAUUGAUGUGGAAGUCUACGGCCUGUCCCACACUUCACCUCUUAACUGCAUCAUGGAACGCACCACCACCAAAUCACGGGUCACUCCAAGAAAGCUUCUCAAUACCUUAACAAGAUCCAACAACAGUCUGACACCUGCUGCUCUUCCUGCUGUCAAUACUCGUCGCUCCAGUAACUUUUUUCUGGUGGGCUCCCAUAAGAUCACCCUGGCCUCACUGGGACAUAGCAAGUUCCCUCUGGAUAAGAUGAAACUUGAAGGCAAAGUCAGGAGACUGCUGGGAGAUGAAUUUCAGGAAAAGGUGCCUUUUCUAUCUCCUCUAGAGGGCAACAUCUACCUGCGACUGGAGAGCGAGAGCCAUUCUAAUGUGCAGCACCAAGGCUUCCUGACAAUGUUUGAGUUGAUUGGUGGGUAUGGUGUGUGGCGUCGUGGCUAUUUCACCCUGGAGAGAUGCACCAUGUCCUACUGGAACCAUCCCAAUGACAAAGAAACUAAGGAAGCAGAGCGCAGCAUCUCUCUGUCCAGCUCCCCCAGUCAGUGCGUCAGGCCUGUCAAGAGGGACUCGUGCGCUCGACCUUUCACCUUUGAACUGGUGAGCAACAUCCCGCAGCAGCAGGACGACAGCCAGGAAGCCACGUCCAAGUGUUGGUUUUCAGCCGACACCAAACAGGAGAGACUAGACUGGAUGGAGAAGCUCAACCAAGUUCUUUUGGACUUUCACACGUGGAGCCGAACAUCAGCGACCAAAACAGAAAGUCAGCAGUCCAGCAGCGGGAACUUGAGGGAGAGCAUACUGUAACUACAGCACUACACCAACAUAAAUAAUCCGCUUUCUUCCAGUUUGUGCUGCCGGGGAUCCAGGAAUGCAUCCUGGAAGCUGCUUUUAUGAUGUGGCAGGUAGAUGAGAUGACGUCAGGGUUUUGAUUGUUAAUCUCAGCAGCAGCAGAUGAGCUCCUUCUCACUGAAAUGGUAAACUUAUAGCCAGGCAAAGCCAUACGUAUCUAAUGAUUUUUCUUUGGGAGAUAUUGAUUUAAUUUGCAUACUAUUGUUUAUUUCUUUUAAUCAAGAAUCCAACCAUUAUUGUUGGUUUUGACUUUUAUUAGCAAAAUGUCAGUUUGCCAUUGAAAUAUUUUUGUUUUUUCUUUAUCACGAUUCUGCGGAAAUCUGAUUUUAUUUAGACUUCUUUUGUUCUUUGGCAAUCAGCUGCUUUAGCCUGUGUUGGUCACUUUCAGUAACUAAGGUUGAACGUCCUCUGUAGCUUAAAUAUAUUUUUGAAAAUAAUUUACACACUUAUUUAGGUUCAUAUUGUAUGUUUGUAACAUUUAAAGCGGAGGAAUAAAACAAAUAUAUAUGUCUAUAGAAACACUAAUAAUACUGAAGGAUGAGGAGAUCUUUAACUUGACUAAUUUAGGAUAAGAAUGUAUUUGAAAUGGAAGGAAACACUACAAAUGAUUUAAAAUAUGAAAGGAAUACUAACUAGUGUUGGAAUGGGAGCUUUUCUUUGUUAACCAGAUGUGCAUCAUCUUUGUUUUUGGUCACAGGAUCAGUCGAAUGCUCGUCUGCUAUAUGUUUAAAAAUGUGAUAGAACAGCACUUAGUACAUCAUUACAGUACAACAUGUUGUUGGUGUCUCUGGAUUUUACUGCCUCCCACUGCCCUGAAGUGUAUACUCUUCCUGCAUAGAGGAUCUGUGUUACUGCACAUAUGUAAACCUAAUAUCUACAUAUGUAAUGCCACAUUGGUUAUAUACAGUGGAUUAGAGCACUGGAGAGGUAAAAGAAGGGAAUGUAGUGAUGCUGCUACAUUGAAUGUAAUCUGUUUUCUGUCCUGUCUGAUGUCCUGUUCUUUUCCAUGUAUUUCCAUCUAUCAGUCUGACACUUUAUUAAAACCAUUAUUCAUGUGAACUCUCCUUCUAUGCACUCAAUUGAAGGUACCAAUAAAAUAAAUGGAAUUGAAUGGCUAAAAAAGAAAAAGAGAAGAGCGGAUUCAAACUGCAUUUGCCCUCUUUUGGAAGCCUGCUGCAUAUAAAUUAAAUAAAUUGCCAAUCAUCAAUAAUUCAUGAUAAUAAAAAAUGCAAGCUUUGGGUCAAAACCAGGCACAAAAGAUACAAAUCU